CCGAGUUUGGCCGCAGGCCGAGUCGGCGCUACCUCUCCGUGGUAUAGCUCUUCGCGCGCUCUGCGCUGCAAUCAUGCGUGCCGCCUCUGCUCUGCUCCUCCUCGCGAGCACCGCCGGCCAGCAAAUGGUAGCGCCCGGCGGAGUGACGCCCUACUCGGGCGGCGGCGGCGGCGGCGGCCCGCGCUUUGGCGGGUACGUGCGGCUCUCUGAGCCCGUACUCGGCUUCUUUGUGACGGGAAGCAGCAUCGACCCGAUGAAUGGAGUCUUCGGCCCGCGGCUGGACUCCGCCGCAGCGACGAGCGCCCUGCCACCCUCGCUGGCCUCCACCGUCGGGCACGGCGCCUACCCGCACAGCCACAGCGGGUGGACGCUCGCGCACGUGCAGAAGCCCGGCGGCAGAGACCACGAAUGGGUGCUCUUCGACGCAAACUUCCGCGAGCGGUUCGCCUGCCCCGGAGACUCGCUGAUCCCCUCCUCUGGGCGGCGCUGGUCCCACCUGCAUCGUGUCUCCCGCGUGCCGCCUUCCGAGGCGGAGGCGGCGGCAGCGAAGACGGGCGGCACCGAAGGCGGCGGCGGCGGCGGCGGCGCGGCGGCGGGCGGCGGCGCAGUGCGGGUCGCGGCGGAGGACGACGAAGACGAGCUCCCUUGGCAGGUGAUUGGGCUGCGAGACGCCGCGAGGCUCGAGUCGCUGCGGAAGGAGGCCGAGGCGCACCGCGCAGCGACGGCCGCCGCGGCCGAACGCCGAGCGGCGCGGCUGAUGCUUUCUGGCGCGGCGGCGCCGCCGCCUCCCACGGGCACCGCCCCGCACGCGGGCGCCGAGGACGAGAUGCCGGCCGCGGCGGCGGCGGACGCGAGCGCGGCGCGGGAGGCGCUAUCGGCGGACCAGGCCGAGAGCGCGGCCGAGCUGUUCGAGAGAGCCGCACGGGCGAGCGGCGGGUGGGCGGCCGCGGCGAUGCAGCUGCGGCGCGCGCAGAGCCUGCGCCGGCUGGGCGCCGCGCGCUUCGACGCGGCGGAGGCGGCGCUCGGCACGGCGCUGCGCGCGUACCCAAACUACUCCGCCGCGCUGCUCGAGCGCGCGCUGCUGAUGAUGGACGCGUGGAG